CGCCAUUAUGAUUUGUGUGGCUCAUAUUUAAUCCUCCAUCAUUUGAACUUUGAACUAUAUCAAACUUUCUUUUUCUCACUUUACUUGAUUUCAUCACUGUCUCAGUAUUAUUAACCACAAAAAUGGAAUGUUCUUGUUCCUCACUCAAACUUCUAUCAUCUUCUUCCAUCCCUGUUUUCAACUUCCAGUGUAAAUCAUCUUUAGUGAAGAAAGGAUUGUCUAGAAGAACAUUGUGUACGACGUUGCCAUCCUUGUCACUUGGUAAAUCAUUCCUUCAACUUGAGAAUACACUAGAUCCUUUUAUUUACCAGAAGCAGUCAUUAUAUAACUCCCGAAGGCUAUAUAAAGGUCAGAUAUAUGCUGCAACUGGCAAUCAACCGUGGGACCUUGGCAGAUUUGUGAAGACAUUGUUCUUUUUUGAUGCAAUUCCGUCCCCCGUCAAGUUUAUUGAAUCUCUGAUAGACAAGCUGUCUGACCAACCAUCAAGUGAGCCAAUAAGAAAAAUGGAAUCUUCUGGGAUAGUUCUUGUUGCUGGAGCAACAGGAGGUGUAGGUAGAAGGGUGGUAGAUGUUUUACGCAAUAAAGGAGUGCCAGUUCGAGUAUUGGUCAGGAAUGAAGAAAAAGCAAGGCGGAUGUUAGGCCCAGAUAUUGACUUGGUUGUUGGGGAUAUCACCAAGGACAGCACUCUACUUCCUGAAUACUUUAAAGGAGUAAAGAAAGUGAUCAAUGCUGCCUCUGUCAUUGUUGGCCCUAAAGAGGGGGAUACUCCUGAUAGAGCAAAAUACAGCCAAGGCAUCAAGUUUUUUGAACCAGAGAUAAAAGGUGAUUCACCUGAAAUGGUGGAGUAUAUAGGCAUGAAAAAUUUGAUUAAUGCUUUAAGAGGCAAUACUGGAUUAAAGGAAGGAAAGUUGCUGUUUGGAUUGGAAGGUAAUUUAUUAAGGGAUCUUCCCUGGGGCGCUUUAGAUGAUGUUGUGAUGGGAGGAGUUAGUCAGAGCACAUUUGUAAUUGACCCUAAAGGUGGUGAGAAUGGCGGGGCAGCUGGGAUCUUCAGUGGAAAUGUCUCUACUGCUAACAAUGGUGGUUUCACUAGCGUGAGAACAAGAAACUUUUCGGUGCCCGAGGAUCUUUCAGGAUAUGAUGGUUUGGAGCUACGGCUUAAAGGUGAUGGUCGUCGAUAUAAGCUUAUUAUCCGCACUAGCAGCGAUUGGGAUACUGUAGGUUAUACAGCAGGUUUUGACACAGUGGAGGGACAAUGGCAAUCAAUAAAAGUACCAUUCUCCUCAUUGAAGCCUAUCUUCCGAGCCCGAACAGUCUUUGAUGCUCCACCCUUUGAUGCACACAAUGUUGUUUCCCUGCAGCUUAUGUUCAGUAAGUUUGAAUACGAUGGAAAACUGAAUCCAACUUUUGUUGAGGGCCCUUUCCAGCUUCCUCUGUCAACUAUACGGGCAUACAUUCAAGAACCUAUUACACCAAGAUUUGUCCACGUGAGCUCUGCAGGAGUUACCCGGCCAGACAGGCCUGGGCUUGAUCUCAGUAAGCAGCCUCCUGCUGUCCGUUUGAACAAGGAACUGGACUUUAUCCUGACAUACAAACUAAAGGGAGAGGAUUUUUUGCGGGAGAGUGGAAUCCCUUAUACAAUUGUAAGGCCCUGUGCAUUGACAGAAGAACCUGCCGGAGCAGAUCUAAUAUUUGAACAAGGGGACAAUAUCACGGGGAAGAUAUCGAGGGAAGAGGUUGCUCGAAUAUGUGUUGCUGCUCUAGCAAGUCCACAUGCAUGUGACAAGACUUUUGAGGUGAAAAGUGUUAUACCAUUCAGCGAACCAUUCACAAUUGAUCCGGAGAACCCGCCUCCUGAGAAGGAUUACGAUGUCUUUUUCAAGACAUUGAAGGAAGGAAUUACCGGGAAAGAACUCCUGGAACAAAAUCCCGUUCCAACAGUGUGAUUGCCACUCUUGACAUAGCACAAUGGUAUACAUGACAAAAUCAAGCUCUGCAACAGUUACUGUGCCUUUUCUUUCCGAGUCUCGAAAUCCUUUGUGCAAACUUGACAGGACUUAUUGAAAAGCUAUCAACGUCUGAUGUAUGCUAAUUGCUAUGUAGUUGCAGGAAAUGUUGUUAGUUAGAUGUACUGAAGCAAUAAGAGCAGAAAAUGGCAGAUCAAGUGAGUUAUAUGAUCAGCUACAAAAAUGUCAAGUAAUUUUAUGGCAAUUGACUCAGUUGUAAUCUUCCAAUGAACUUGUAUGUACAAAAUUCACAUCCCAGUGUUACAAAUAUAUAUAUUCUCCAUUUUGAUGCAGAA